CCGUCUCAUUCUCUCUCCCCCUCCCCUCCCUCGUGUGCCACCCCAAAUCUCCGAGCCGAGCUCCCAAACCCUAGCCUCCGGCGCCGGCGAUGGCCCUCGUCGCGUCGGCGUGAGACGGGAUCUGUUGCGCGCGGCGGCGGGGAGUUGCGGCGGGAGGGAGUCGGGCUGGCGGGGAUGGAGGCGAGGCGGAUCUCGGCCACCCCACGGCCGUGCAACGGCCGGCGCGUGGUGGCGAGGAAGAGGCCGAGGCAGGAGGCGGUCAUCAGCAGCGUCAGGAAGCUGCAGCGCCGGGAGAUCAGCUCCCGCCGGGAACGCUCCUUCGCCAUGAACUCCGCGAAGGAGCGCUUCCGCAACAUACAGCUGCAGGAGGAGUUUGACACUCAUGAUCCUAAGGAGAACAAUGCGCUACUACCUUACAUUAGGAAGAGGUCAAAAAUUAUUGAGAUAGUUGCAGCACGUGAUAUAGUUUUUGCUUUAUCACAAUCAGGAGUAUGUGCUGCUUUUAGUAGAGUGACAAAUAAGAGAAUAUGCUUUCUAAAUGGGAGUCCAGAUGAAGUUGUUCGUAGUUUAUUCUACAACAAGAACAAUGAUUCCCUCAUUACUGUGUCAGUAUAUGGUUCUGAAAAUUUUAGUGCCUUGCGAUGCAAGACAACUCGAAUAGAGUAUAUACGUCGUGGAACACCAGAUGCUGGUUUCCCUCUUUUUGAGACAGAGUCCUUGAAAUGGCCUGGAUUCGUUGAGUUUGACGAUGUCAAUGGAAAGGUUUUAACUUAUUCUGCUCAAGACAGCACUUACAAGGUUUUCGACUUGAAAAACUACACCCUACUGUAUUCCAUAUCUGACAAGAAUGUUCAAGAAAUAAAGAUCAGUCCUGGUAUAAUGCUUUUGAUUUAUACAAGAACAAGCAGCUCCAUUCCUCUGAAGAUUCUUAAUAUUGAGGAUGGCACAGUUUUGAAAUUCUUCAACCACCUCCUCCAUCGAAAUAAGAAGGUGGAUUUCAUUGAACAGUUUAAUGAAAAGCUCUUGGUCAAGCAGGAUGGAGAGAAUCUUCAAAUACUUGAUGUACGGAACUUCCAGUUGACUGAAGUGAGCAGUACUGAGUUCAUGACUCCAUCUGCCUUUAUCUUUCUGUAUGAACUCCAGUUGUUUUUGACAUUCCGGAAUCGAUCUGUAGCAGUUUGGAAUUUCCGAGGUGAACUAGUAACAUCAUUUGAGGAUCACCUGCUGUGGCACCCUGACUGCAAUACCAAUAACAUAUACAUAACCAGUGAUCAAGAUCUUAUUAUUUCUUACUGCAAGGCUGAUUCCACUGAUUCAUCUUCAGAAGAAAAUGCUGGCUCUAUAAACAUCAGCAACAUACUGACAGGGAAAUGCUUGGCUAAAAUAAAGGCUGGCAAUUUCAACGAGCAAAAGAAGACAUGGAAGUUCCAGAAUACAAUCACUGAGGCUCUUGAGGACAUCACAGCUCUGUACUACGAUGAAGAGCGUGAUGAGAUCUACACUGGCAACCGCCAUGGCCUUGUUCAUGUGUGGGCGAACUGAGAGCAGAGAAAGCAAAUUUCAGGGACAAACAAGGUGUUCGUUUGCAGGCGGACCAAUUUAACAACCAAGCCUCAGGUGGUGCUGGCCGCGAAGAGGUCUUGGGUCUCCAGCCGUUAGCAAUUUGUUGGUGUGGAUUAUUGUGGUGUCGAGCUGCUCUUUACCGACAGAAGAUUUGUUGUAGAGUUAGUGCUUGUCAUGUGCUUUACCAUAGCCUGUAGUAGCCUUGGAGAUGUCUUGAGGCGAGCUCUUAAACUGUACCUCAUGUAAUGUGCCUUCCUGGUAGUUAACUCUGCUACCUGAAAUAGUGAUACCUCAUUCUGUCUGUCAUGUGUCUGGUUGUUGUUGAGUUUGGGAUCUUGUAAACAUAAACAAUUGGAAUAUGUGGCAUAGAAAACGCCUUCUACUCUGAAGAGAGAUGGUUGACGGCAAAAACAACAUUUCUUUUGAGGAACA